AUGACCUCCGACAACCACCCAAAGGGCCCAUCGAUCAUCCCGGAAUCGGGCUUGGAGCUGGACGGGCAGGCCACGUCUACGAUAUUGCCGGAUGCCGGGAAUUUGUCCGAUGAGGCUCCAGACGCCUCAUAUUACCUCUCAGGAUGGAGGCUUUACACCCUGGCGCUCGGGUGGUGUUAUCUGCCGUGCCUUCCGGGCAUCGGCGGAUGUGGAGUCUAUUCGAUUGUGAUGGUAGUCAUUUUCGAGAUGGUGCCACCGGCCAAAUACACGUUUUAUUAUACGAUCUUGACGACGAUGUACGCUUUCAGCAUGACGAUGGGGCCCAUAGUCGGCGGUGCGAUCAAUAAUCGAUCGUCGUGGGUAUGGGUCUUUCUGCUCAAUGUACCUCUCGGAGUCUUCUGCAUGCUUCUGGUCGCGAACUCUAUGCCACAGCAUUUCCCACAUCGCAAACGUCCCUGUCCGCGCACACGCUCGAUUCAUCGAAUCGAUUUUGUUGGGGCCUCGCUCCUCCUGGCGGCGAUGACCAUACACAUCACGGGCUUAGAGGAGGCAGCAAACCUGCACUCGUGGAGGUCGAUCUUGGUAUUGCUCCCGCUAUCCCUGUCCGGGCUUCUAUGGAUUGGCUUCAUCGUCUCACAAUACUAUGUCACGGCGUCCACACGAAAACCGGAGCCCGUUUUCCCGUGGCGUUUCUUUCAAAACCGGGUCUGCAUGGGCCUCAUCCUCAACGGCUUUCUCAGUGGGGCAAUCUCAACCACAUGCAUGAUCCAAAUCCCGAUUCGCUCGCAAGCCGCCGUAGGAAUGGGCGCGCUCAGCGCCGGUGUUCAUCUGAUCCCGUUCACGCUCGCCAUGGAGAUUGGAGCCAUCCUGGUGGCCACAAUCAUUGCAAAGCGGAGACUGCCUCCGGUGUACCUGGCCCUGGUGGCCGGAGUCUUGCAGCUAGUGGGCGUCGUUCUGCUGUCCGAAGGGUCGCCCAACAAUCCGGGAUAUAGCGCCAUGUACGUGAUUGAGGUGAUUCUAGGCCUGGGAGUGGGAGCUGUCAUCGCAGUGACAACGCUCAUGAUGCCGUAUGCGACGGAGAAGCGGGAUCUCGCUGUCGGCACCGCCUCGAUCAUCCCGUUUCGCUUCCUGGGCGGGGCUACCGCACUGGCAAUAGUAACGGCCGUUGCAAACAUCCGGCUUCAAGAGGUCAUGCUGGGCGUGCUGAGCCCCGAAGAAACUGCCUUAGUGUUGAUGCGUCCAGACACCAUCAGAUUGCUGCCUACUGCUGUCAAGGACAGAGUCCAAGGCAUGUUUGUGAACGCUUUCAACCUGCAAAUGCGGGUUUUGGUUGGGUUUGCGGUGGCUCAAUUCCCGGUCACGUUCCUGACGUGGAAGAAAGACCAGAUCAUGGUAGACUAA